AAUUUCAAACAGACGGAAGUUGGUGAUAGACGGUUUUGACAUUAGAAUCCCAAAAACAAAAAAACUAUUAUUUAUCCUUUUAUUAUUAUUGUUACUAUUGCUUUUUGACAGUGUGUUACCUCUAUCCAGAUGCUUCUGCUUGUUCUUGUUCUUCUUCAUCACCAAUCCUUUACACUUUAACCCCAUACAAUAUGAGACAAGCUGCUAUGUUUUUUCUUUUCCUCUUUCAAACUCGCUGGCUUGAAGCUUUCUGGGCUUUGAAGAAAUUCACUGUCAUUAGAUCUAGCAUGAUUACAUAGGCUAUUCAGAAUUGAUUUUUUUUCAAAGAUUGACAUCGUUCUCGAGAUGAAGGCAAACAAUAGAUAAAGUGUUUGAAUUUAUAUCUGGUUAUUCUUCAAGAUGAGGACCUUGAUCGAAUUCAUUGCUUGAAGAAGCUUGUGUCGCUGAGAAAGAAAAUUUCUUCUUUCUGGUAUUUGCCGGAUUUGCGAGUUUUAAGGCCAACAAUUUGAUGUUUGGGACACACCACCAGAGUUGUUGUGAUUCAAUCCAAGAUUGUAGAAAAAUUAUAUGAAAGAGAUAUUAUAUGGAAGAUUGUACUGCAGUUCCUACUCUUCUGCAGUUGUUUAUGAAAGAGCGGUGAAGUGUUAAGUGUUUACUGGAUAUUUCAGACUUAUCAUAAAAUUUGACGCGCGCCGUUAGAGGUUGUAAUUAAGUUGCAACCUGCGUAUUCUAGCCUCCGGCAAAGACAUGGCAAAUGCAAAGAGCAACCUUAAGGUUCUUGUGGUAGGUGGUACUGGAUAUAUUGGGAGAAGGAUUGUUAGUGCAAGCCUAGCACAAGGCUACCCGACUUAUGUCCUUCAAAGGCCGGCAACGGAGAUUGGCCUCGAUAUUGAGAAACUACAAAUGCUCUUGUCGUUUAAGAAGCAAGGGGCUCAUCUCGUGGAGGGUUCGUUUUCUGAUAUCCAAAGCCUCGUCGAUGCCGUGAAACAAGUUGACGUUGUCAUUUGCACCAUGUCGGGGGUGCAUUUCCGGAGUCACAACCUUUUUUUGCAGCUCAAGCUUGUUGAAGCCAUUAAACAAGCUGGAAAUGUUAAGCGCUUCUUGCCAUCAGAGUUCGGUUUGGACCCGGCGCGUAUGGGACAUGCACUUGAACCAGGAAGAGUAUCAUUUGAUGAGAAAAUGGUGGUGAGAAAGGCAAUAGAAGACGCUAACAUCCCCUUCACUUAUGUGUGUGGUGCUAGCUUCGCCGGUUAUUUUGCGGGCAACCUCUCUCAGAUGGGAACACUUGUUCCUCCGAAGGACAGAGUCCUUAUUUAUGGAGAUGGCAACACUAAAGUAUCUUUCAUGGACGAAGAUGACAUCGGAAGCUAUACAAUCAAGACAAUAGAUGAUCCGCGAACUUUGAACAAAACAUUGUAUCUUCUUCCGCCCGAAAACCUACUCACUCAAAGACAAUUGGUGGACAUUUGGGAAAAUCUUGUUGGAAAGAAACUAGAGAAAAUUUAUCUUUCUAAAGAAGACCUCCUUGCCUCUAUGAAAGGUAUGGACUAUGCAGGCCAGGUCGGGGUGGGGCAUUUCUAUCACAUUUUCUAUGAAGGCUCUUUGACAAACUUCGAAAUAGGGGAGGAAGGAGAAGAAGCUUCAAAGCUUUAUCCAGAAGUGAAAUACACCCGCAUGGAUGAAUACUUGAAAAUUUAUGCAUAAGAAUGAAAUAUAUGUCUCUGCAAUCUAUAUCUAGAAUCACAAUUAGCAGAAGGACAUACUCAUCAUGAAACAUACCAAGACAUAAACUCGUGCUCGUGUGGCCAAUCAUGUGCAGCACUCUUUGCAAACUCUCAAGUGUGCACAGGGCCCCCCUAUUUAUGGUGACCAGGUUCACUUAGUCUUCCAUUUCUAUCACUCUUGAUGAUAUCCUUUAAUGUAUAUGAUAAACAAGAAAUAAUAUUACUAAGUUUUUUAAAUUUACCUUUAUAAUAAGUACAAGGCUAAA